AUGUCCGCAGACUACCCAAACACUCUCACAGAGAUCCAACAAACCCCUUUAAGAGAACACGUGUUCCAGAGGUUUCAGUCAAGCUCCUCCCUCAACGGCCCCGGAACCCCUCGUCCCUCCCCAAGUCCCCCUCCUCAGAUCUGGCCAGAGCUCCUUUGCGAAUUUCUGCAGGUGUCCAAGUCCCCUCGCCAAGUCGUAGACUUGAAGACGGAAACAGACGAGGUCACAGAAGAGCCUCAAACAGCCAUGGAUGCAGAGGAACACCCCUCUUCAAAGGACCCCUCUGCCAAGGACUCACAGGAGCCCCCUGGCCCUGAAACAUCCUUUGAGACUUCCAUCCCUGAGACCCCUUUAGAGCCCCACACCUCUGAGAUCCCUUUAGAGCCCCACAUCUCUGAAUCUCAUAGGACACCAUCUGCUUCCCAGGCCCUUUUAGAGACCCACACCUCUGAAACCCCUUUGGCAACUUACAUCCCUGAGACCCCCUUAGAGCCCCACACCUCUGAAUCUCAUAUGACACCAUCUGCUUCCCAGGCCCCUUUAGAGAUCCACACCUCUGAAACCCUUUUGGAGCCUUCCAUCCCUGAGACCUCUUUAGGAUACUCUGUCUCGGAGAUCCCUUUGGAAACCCCUAUCCCUGAGACCCUACUGGAGACUCACAUGUUUAAGGUCCCAGAGAAACACCUUUCUUUUCAUACCUCAUCACAAGGCCGUAUCACUGUACCUUCCUCUAAUACUCUGAAGGAAGACCUCUCUGAGUAUUCCUCCAGUGAGGUCUCACAGACAGGGAGGUCUACCCAGAUCUCUGAGUCUGAGAUCCUUCAAAAGCACUCCCUUUCAGGCCCUUCAGCCCAGGUCCACCUGGACACAUCUGCAAAGGAGAAGGAAGAGGAAGGAGAGGACAAGGAGCAGGUGGAUGCCACUGACAGUACCACACACACAGCUCAGCCUGGACACCAGCUGGUCAAGAAGAAGGGGAAGAAAGGAGUUAGCCGUUAUGCAGUUCAACCAGAGGUCCCCACUCAGCAGACAGAGAUGGUGGAAGUGGCUAAGGCAAUGCACAGAAAGAAGUUCAGUGCUCAGGCGAAUUAUCUUUUCCAAUGGGAGAAGAAUGCAACCCUGAAUGCCAUCCAGACAGGUCUCCAUAUUGGCUGGCGCUGCCCCCAUUAUCUAUGGGACUGUUUCCAAAUUGGAGAUGAAUCCAAAUGUUUUUGUGGACACUUGUUGAGAGAGCACCAGAUCGUCUCAGACAUAUCUGUGCCCUGCAAUGUGGGCCAGUGCCGCUGCCUCAUGUUCUGCUUUAUCCCAUCACGCCCAGAGGAGGUGGGUGAGUUCUGGCUUAAAAGACGAGCUACCUUUGACCCUAAGGCCUGGAGGGCCCAAUGUCGCUGCAAACACAGCCAUGAAGACCAUGCAGCUACUGGGUCCCAUUCCUGCAGGGUGAAAGGCUGUUGCUGCAACUGCUUUGAGUCUAAUUUCCUCUGUGCGGCCUGUGACCGGCGCUGGGAGGAACAUGAGACUUUCUUUGAGACUGAGGAGACCCGGCGACGAGGAGGGAGGCCUCACGGGACAGACACUGUCAACACCUGGCGCAAGCCUCUCUGA